CAGCAUCAACGUCUCAUCGCGCGCUAUACCGUCCCGCUACUCCCAGCAGGCAACAGAAUAACCUCAAGUUCCAACUCACAAUGGAAAUCCCGACUCCCGCUGGCAUGCAUUUUCCCCACUAUACUAUCCUCUUGGGUAUUCACCUUUUACACGUUUUGCUUCGUUUUGCCUUCUCCGGGACCGAAUCCACAUGGCAUCCUGACAUGAUCAACAUCCUCAUCCUCUUUUCGUCUCCCCACACCUCCGGCCAUCAUCUUUACCUUAUUCGGUCUUUAAACACUCAAAAUCCGUUAUCUGUUCCCUGUCAAUCAAUUUCAAUUGCUAAUUUCUGCUCAGAAUCCCACAACUUGGUCAUCCGUUGAUACCAACAAGACCUGAAACACAACGUGACAAUGUGGGAAAUUGCACCGCUUCCGCUGCUGAACGCAGUCCGCUGCUGAACGCCGUCCACUGCGAGGGAAUUACACAUGCAGGCCAAGCCGAGGCGACAUAGCAGCGU